AUGAAGCUUAGAGUCACAAAAAUAUUUUUACACAAAGCAUUAACAUUGAGUAGUACAACACAUCUAACGAGACAACAGAAUAAUAUCACUUCAACUCGUAAAGGAAAAGUUUUCUACUUUUCACGUUUUAUUGCUUUAUAUGUUAGUUUGUCUUGUGAUUGUAUCGACAUUCAAGUCGAUCUUCUUUGA